AUGUAUUUUUAUGAUCCUUACUGUGUUGCCACAUUUGAGAAAGAUCAUUUUGCUGAAGGACGUUUCCGAAGGGCUUACAGAGGUCAAUGGACUACUCCUGAGAAGUAUGGACAGAAAUGUGUCAUAAAAAGAAUGAAAUCAGGCUAUGUUUGGGCUGCCAAUGGUUGGGACAACACAAUAAAGAUUUAUAACAGAGCUAGAAAGAUAGCGUAUCAAUUUAACCGAAGCCUUAAUCCUCGUUACCCCAUCCGUUUCACAGGCAUUAAUAAGUAUGUUGUAUCAUAUUCCUAUCCAACAGAAUAUGUUGUGGCUGAAGAUUAUUUGGAAGGAGAUUUUAAAAAGUGGGUCAACAAUUAUGGCUAUAUAUCUCCUGAGGCUAAAUCUGGCGAUGCCAUCAUGUCAGCAUUUGUCCACUGGAGCUGGAUACACACUAAAGGGCAGGAAAUGGUGUGCGAUCUUCAUGGAACUCGUGAUGAAAAUGGCUAUCAUUUGACAGACACAUCAGUCCUCUCAAUCUCUAAUACGUAUGGCGAGACAGACAUGGGAAUAGAGGGCAUGGCAAUGUUUUUCAUGAACCACGAAUGCAAUAGUAUCUGUAAAGGAUGGAGGAGGCCUCAUUGGGAGUCUUUUAAAGGAAAGAUUUCAAGAGAAACAUUAACAGCAUGUCAACUUAUCCAGAGCCAAGUCAACAAUGCCACCUCCUACAGGUUUGAGAUGAAAUUCCCUCGAGCUACUAAAGAUAUCGUUAAAACAGUGUUCCUUCAAAUUGCUCAAGCUCAAUAA